GUCAUCGUUAGAGCAUACGUAUUCUCUUGGACCCAGUCCUCGCCGACCCCCGUUACGAGUUUAUUCGCAAUACGCACCGCGCACCGAACCACCGGGCUUUCGAGCAUUCACACGCAAAUUGUUGCCUACUGCCCUUCGCAGAACUUUCGCGCAUCAUUGCUCCACGUCGCUGUUCUAAUCGGACUGGUAUACGUGGCGCGCCAACCGGUUCUCCGACUGAAUAACAGUUUUGUUGACCGACGAACAUCAUCCUCCGUUCUCGUUUCAGGUGCGCUUAGCGUUCGGUUUCCGCCUGUGUCGAGGUGGAGGGAUAUAAUACAUAAUGUUACCCGUUUCACGACCCGAGGGCCACAUGAACCUCAAUUAUAUUCCCACAACCCAACCAAUGCCGGGAACGAGUACGGGCCGCAGCUCUCCUAGUGAUGUAUCAGUCUCUGCUGGUAUGAAGCCGCCAUUUGGGCCCACGACUGGUCUGAAUGGCGCUGCAGGCUCCAUUGGAAGUGCGAGGCUAGGGGCUGGAUCCCCUUCACAUGAACUGGGGGCUCGCUUAUACUCGAAACGAGCACGUGAAAUUCAAGCAGAGGAAGGUGUUUCCCCCAGUAUCUGGGGCCCCCCAACCAGCGGCCAUUCGACCCCCCUCCGCGAGAACAUUCCUGAGUCCCCAAGUCAAGAGGGGUUUCCUGAUUUGGUUCCCACUGCGAGCGGCUCAAUCAACAGCACGGCUCGGAGAGCUCGAGCCGGGACCGUCCCCUCCAGAUUCUCGCCCGUUGGUGCGCUGAACGAAGCUAAUCUUCAACAACAAUACAUUCCCCAGACCUCAAGGCCUACGCCGUCAACUAGUCCCUUCCGUCCGACCGGGGUUACUGGCAUCGACACAGGCACAAAGACUGCUACCACCGCAGGCGGAACUAGCGCAGGUUCCCUCUCGCGUCUCCGAGCUGGCUCUAUGCCUCAGCGAGCAAACUUCCUUGGAUCCUCUGGUCCAUUCGGGCCCUCCUUGUUCUCCACUAGUUGGGCAACCGGCCGUGACCGGGCUACGACACUCACAAGCAUUCGCUCCUCUGAGGGUCCGGCUUCCCCAAGUCAUUCGUCCUUUUCCCGAGACGGUCUCGCCGAUACCGAUGUCAAAACACUGGAUUAUCUGGGCCUCGCGGAAACCCCGCAACAGCCGAGAGCCACACUUGUGCGGCCCUCGGUUGAUAUGCUUCUUCAACAGCAACAGCAGCAGCAGUCUUCACUUCCUCCGCUACUCGCUGAACUGGCGAUGAUGAAGAACAACAGCAGAAUUCGAUCCUAUUCCGUCAAUGCCAAAGAAAAAUAUGCUGAUGAUGAAGAUCUGGAAUAUGAGAGCCGAUAUGCACAGAUCCCCUCUGGCACCGUCACGCCUUCGGCCGCGGCGACGGCUGCUCAGUUGGCUGCAACCCAGGCUCAGAUACAUCAACACAACUUGGCGGUACAGGCUUUUGCCAACCACGCAUCUGCCAGUCGCCCUCGUGCCCGGACCGCCGGAAUCCUGGAAGCGCCGCCUCAGCGUUCAUCGAUUCGUAACUACCUAGCUACGCCCUCGCGUCUUGAAAACAGCUUCAGUGCGGCUGAUCUGAAUAUCGCAGAAAGCGGAGAAUAUGACGAAUUGUCUGAAGCCGUACAGCUGAUGCAUCUGGGCGGCAAUAAUGCUUCCAAUCUCGGCAUGCGGCCUACAGCGGAAAUCUCAGAUGAGAAUAAUCAGGACGGGCCAACUCGCGCCUUGUGGAUUGGAAGCAUUCCCGUUUCAACUACGGUCACGUCUCUUGAGGCGAUCUUUAGCAUUUACGGCAAGAUUGAGUCCACUCGUGUGCUGACUCACAAGAAUUGCGGUUUUGUCAACUUCGAGCGCAUCGAAAGCGCCAUUCAGGCCAAAUCUUUGCUGAACGGCAAGGAGAUCUUCCCUGGUGCUGGCCCAGUUCGCAUUGGGUACGCUAAAGUUCCCGGAAGCUCUGCAGGUGGUACGCCGGGAGUCAAUGGAUCUCAGUCAUCGCCUACUCCGGAUCCCAACGCCGGCUCGAGUGGGCCAGAUGGUCUGGCCAGGUCCGAGGGCGGACUCUGUGUCCCUCAAAUCCCGGCUCUUGCGGAGCUUCAACCAGAAAUGGCCCAGAUUGUUAAAGACUUCGGUGCCACUGAAGAUGACGCUCUGAACAUCUCUGCUAGUGUUCAACGCGCCAUCUCGUUUGAUACGUUCGAAGAUGAGAUACCCUCGAUUGCCGAGCCUAGCCAGACAAGAAUGUUCGAUGCUCCUCGCCUCCGUGACAUCCGCAAGAGGAUCGACAAUGGUGCCUGCUCGGUACAGGAAAUUGAAGAGACUGCAAUUGCCAUGCUCCCAGAAAUCGCCGAGUUGGCCUCUGACUAUCUGGGCAAUACCGUGGUCCAGAAAUUAUUCGAGUUUUGUUCUGAACCGACCAAGGAGCAGAUGCUGGCUCCAAUCGCUCCUCACCUCGCUGAGAUAGGUAUCCACAAGAAUGGAACCUGGGCUGCUCAAAAGAUCAUCGAUGUCGCCAAAACCCCGAACCAGAUGAGGCUGAUCGUUGAUGCUCUUCGACCGUACACUGUACCUCUGUUCCUUGAUCAGUAUGGAAACUACGUCCUCCAGUGCUGUCUACGCUUCGGUGCUCCCUUUAAUGAUUUUAUCUUUGAGACUAUGCUGAGUCGGAUGUGGGAGAUCGCCCAAGGCAGAUUCGGGGCGAGGGCCAUGCGAGCUUGUCUUGAGAGCCACCAUGCUACGAAAGACCAGCAACGUAUGCUCGCAGCGGCCAUCGCCCUUCACAGUGUGCAACUCGCAACGAAUGCCAAUGGUGCUCUUUUGCUGACUUGGUUCCUCGACACUUGCACUUUCCCUCAUCGACGGACUGUGCUUGCGCCGAGGCUGGUCCCUCAUCUCGUCCAUCUCUGUACUCACAAGGUCGCGUAUCUUACCGUCUUGAAGGUCAUCAACCAACGCAAUGAGCCUGAUGCCCGUGAGAUAGUGCUGAAAGCCUUGUUCUUCAGUCCGGGUGACGAAGUGUUGGAACGGAUCUUGAGCGACCAAACUUCGGGGGCGACCCUGAUCUUCAAGGUUCUCACUACACCCUUCUUUGACGAGUCAAUGCGCGCCGAGGUUGUCAAGAAUGUUUCUAAGGUUCUCACCAAGCUUAAGGCAACUCCAAGUCAAGGUUACAAACGCCUGAUGGACGAAGUGGGCCUGUCUUCCCGUGGAGGCGCUCGGGAGAACCAUCAUGGUCGUGAUCACGGAUCCAAUGUGGACAAGCAGCAACAUCGUUCAGCGUCUCGCCAAGCAGCAUCGAACUAUGCUCCACAGCCGCCUUUGGAGAGGCAGUAUAGCGCCCCUUUCCCUACCAUGCUUAGUCAGGACGCUGCUCGGCCAAUGCCCUCGGAGCAGCAACAGACGGCUGCCGGAGUGUAUGAUCCUUACAGUAUCAAUGGCAUCAGCAACCUUGGUUCUGCAGGCGGUAUCAAUUCUCUUGGCGGGAUUGGAGGUGUCAAUGGGCCUGGAUAUGGCCAGGACCCUAUGAUGCCCUUGGCUCAGCAACAACUCCAAUACCAGGCCUACCUUGCGGCGCAAAGCCGUGGUCUUUCCCCGUCCGGGCUAUAUCCAAGUCUGGGCAAUUCCAACUUUGGGUUUGCGGCUGGAGCUCCUUCAGCAGACAAUCUCCGAUCUCUGCAGACCCAGGCUGCCACCUUGGCUGGGCCUCCCACCCAGCAGAUCAACCCUGGUUCCAUGCUGAAUCAGGCGGCUUUUGCUCCUCAGCAGUUCAGCCCUGUGAUGAACACCGCUCAAAUGUAUCAGUAUCCUUCGCAGUUCUAUGCCCAAGCACAGCCAGCUCAGGCGCAGUCUGCUGGCGGUCGGCGUGGACGUCCAAGCCAUCCCCAGCACAUGUGAAAGUCCGGGACUCGCGUGCAUGAAUGAAGCUAAUAUGGGUCGCCUCCCAGCAUUGAGGAUUCCCUAUAAUGCUUUAAUCCGCCAUUAACUUCCACCUUA